AUGAUCACUUCGCGAUUGAUGAUGCCGCCGAUCUGCGACUUGAAACGCAACAAUGUCCGCAGGAAGGUGCAUGUGGCCGCGCCGUCGUCACUGUCACGGCUGCACUGCAAAAUAUCCCGCAAACUCCCAUAUUCAUUUUUGCGCGGCAAGAAGCACAAGUCUCGAACCUCCACAAUGUUUACACGUAACAUUUCCCUUGCCUCGCGCUCUCUCGGCACAAUCAGUCGCCGCCACUUCGCCGCCGCCACCACAGCUACCAGCGCUAAGCGAGUGAAGAUCAACGGUCAUGGCCACGAAGCGCAGGAAAGCGGCAAACUCAGCUACGUGCCCGAGGGCUCGGAUGGAAGAUUCUUCAUCGAGCAACUGGAUGAACACUGGCGCUCGGCAGUAGCCGGACAGACCUUCAAGAAAGACGAUGUCAUUGGCUCUGCCCCCGGCACUGUUUAUCCAACGCCCACUCGAUUUACAGUGCAGAUCACGCCCGACAAGCACAUGGACUUUGUGGGCGGACUGGAGUUCGUAAACCAUAGUUGCAACCCCAACACGCGCAUCGACAUGUCCGAGAGUGAGGCCAAGGUGUCGUUCAUCGCGAUCAAGCCUAUUAAGGAGGGCGAACACUUGACAUUCGACUACUCCACGAGCGAAUGGGACAUGAACGAGAAGUUCGACUGCCGUUGCGGUGCAUCGACCUGCAGCGGCCACAUUGGUGGGGCUAAGUAUCUCAAUAACGACGAGGUGAAUGCUCGCUUACCGUACUUCACAUCGAGCGUGUUGCGACAGUUGUUGAACCGCAAACUGACCAACUAAAAUGCGGAACUAAUAUGA